AGCGCUCCCCGCCGUCCCCGCCGUGCUUGGCCGCGACCGCGACUCGCCCCGACGGACGCCCCUCCAGGACCGCCAGGACGCCGUCGUCGCCGUAGAGCCGGCCCGAGACUCCGGUUGCGCCGGCGUGAACCCCGCGCCCCGCGGCGGAGAAGGUCGAGGAGACGAGCUUGCCGACAUGGGGAGCCGGCGGACCCCGGCCGGGACCUAGGCCCGCCCUCGGGACCGCCUGCUGCACCGCCUGCACCCGGUGAACAGGGUCGCCGCGGGCCGUGCGUCCGUGUCGCAGCUCGCGGGGGUCAUGGAGGCGAACGCCACGUCCGCCUGGGUGCCGCAAUUCCCGCCCAAGAGGGACGCGCUGGCCAUCGUGGUGCCCGUCACCGUCAUCUACGUGGCCAUCUUCGUCACCGGCGUGGCCGGCAACGUGGUCACCGUCAUUGUCAUCUGGCGUUGCCGAUGCAUGCACACGCCCACCAACUACUACCUGAUGAGCCUGGCUGUGAGCGACCUGCUGCUGCUGCUGUCCGGGCUGCCCCAGGAGGUGUACUCCAUCUGGAUCCGCUACCCCUACCCGUUCGGCGGCGCCUUCUGCGUGCUGCGGGGCCUGGCCGCGGAGACGUCGGCCAACGCCUCCGUGCUCACCAUCACGGCCUUCACGGUGGAGCGCUACCUCGCCAUCUGCAAGCCCUUCCAGACGGCCACGCGCGCGCAGGCGCCCUCGCGGCGCCACCGCGUCUUCAAGGUCAUCGCCGGGGUGUGGGCGGCCGCGCUGCUCUGCGCCGGCAUCCAGGCGAUGCAGUUCGGCGUGAUGGUGACCGACAUCCUGGGCCGCCAGGUGCCCCUGUGCGCGCAGGUGCGCGUGCUGCUGUCGCACUCGUUCGAGGCCGCCACGCUGGUGUUCUUCGCCGCCCCCAUGACCCUGAUGUGCGUGCUGUACGCGCUGAUCGCCAGCCGGCUGCACCGGCAGCGCAAGGAGGCCGUCGGCCACAGCACGCCGUCGUCGCUGCGCCACGUCGCCGCCAAGAAGAGGGUCAUCAAGAUGCUGGCGGCCGUGGUGACGGCCUUCUUCUUGUGCUGGGCGCCCUUCCACGCGCAGCGGCUCGUCGCCAUCCACGCCGGCGGCGCCGUGGGGCCCGGCCUCUUCGACGGCCUCACGUACGUGUCGGGCGUGCUGCACUACGUGUCGGCCACCGUCAACCCCAUCCUGUACCAGCUCAUGAGCAGGAAGUUCCGGCAGGCGGGGAAGGACACGCUGGCGGGGCUGCUGCCCAAUUUGGCGUGGUCGGUGAGGCGGCGGGCGUCGCGCCACCACCCCCACGGCCCCCGGUGCGGUUCCUAG